AUUCAGAUUAUAAUGAAAGUGAAUUAGAAGAAAGUGAUAAAAGUGAACCAGAGGAUAGUAAUGAAAGUGAGUUAGGAGAUAGUAAUGGAAGUGAAUCUGAAGAAAACUAUUAUAAAGAAAAUGAACAAUAUACCGUAUUUCAAGAUUGGA